AUAAUUUCCCAUUGAUAAAAAAAAGGGGUUACGGAAGUUUGCGUACGUUUGAGAUUUAGAUUUCCCCCUUCCUUCCUGUAAUGGGGUUAUCCAAAACUCUUAUCCAAGCCCUGUCCAACAAGAUCUGCGAAUAUUUGUUCUCGUUGAGUUGGACGCAUUAGCGGCAGGCAGCGGAUGGAUUUCAGAUUCUUUAUACAGCGUUGCAGUUUAUUGGAUGUAUGUGAAUAGGCUACUCGAGAAGUUGCUAAAAUGUUUGUUUACUAUCUGUCAUUUAGGAGUUAUGCAUCGGCGGGCUUGGAGUUAGAAAUGAUCGUAGGUCUGUAAAUGCGCUUGCAAGCAGCGAUAGUUACUGGACUGCUCCUAAAGUACUGUGGCUAUUUAUCUUAGUGGUGUUACUGUACCAAACGUGACAUUUUGGAGCUACGGUUUUGAAGACAACUGUACGUUUCGUGCCAAGAUGGAAAAACAUCGCAAACUCUAUUGUGUGCUGACUCUCAUGUCAUGCAUAAAACGCUGUCUUUUUUUCAAUCUGGAUAUCGACAAUCCGUCAAUUUAUUCUGGGCCAAGUGGAAGUUAUUUUGGAUUUUCCGUGGAUUUCUUCAAACCCGAUGACAAACAAUUAAACAUUCUGGUAGGGGCCCCCCGGGCAAACACGUCUGUUUCGGCCGUAGUAGAGCGUGGAGCCGUGUACAGCUGCCCCUGGAAAACAAGCAAAGGCUGUCGACAGUUGGAGUUCGACAACACAGAUGACCGGAAGAAUGUUAAAGGGGAGCAGAUGGAGUUCAAGUCCAACCAGUGGUUUGGAGCCACAGUGCGCUCAGAAGGAGAACACAUCCUGGCCUGUGCACCCCUGUACCAGUGGAGCACCUUUGCCUUCACAGAGAGGGAACCCGUUGGAACCUGCUUCCUGAAGACCGCUGGAGAGGUGGUGGAGUAUUCCCCCUGUCGAACAGCUUCAAACUCUCCGGAAGGGCAAGGAUUCUGUCAGGCAGGAUUCAGUGCUGACUUUGUGAAGAAAAACAGAGUUGUGGUUGGAGGACCUGGGAGCUUUUAUUGGCAAGGGCAACUGAUCUCUGAUGAUAUUUCUGAAAUCGUAAGCAGAUACAAUAAUAAAUUCUACACCCCGUAUGGUAAUCAGCUGUCCACGAAGUCAUCCAGUGCUCAGUUUGAUGAUAGCUACUUGGGCUACUCUGUCACUGUGGGUGAUUUUAAUGGAGACGGGGACGAUGAUUACAUCACUGGGGUUCCCAGAGGGCACAAGGCCUUAGGCUACGUGAACAUUUUCAACGGGAAGAACAUGGAGUCCAUGGUCAACUUCACUGGGGUGCAGAUGGCCGCGUAUUUUGGCCACUCGGUGGCGGCGACGGACAUCAACGGCGACGGAGCGAUGGACCUCUUUGUGGGCGCCCCUCUCUUUAUGGACCGCGGUUCGGAUGGGAAGCUGAGGGAAGUGGGCCAGGUGUACGUGUACCUGGGGAAGGGCGGGUUCUCCUUCCACGACCCCCUGAGGCUGACGGGCGCCGAGGUCUACUCGCGCUUUGGCAGCUCCAUCGCCCCCCUGGGGGACCUGGACAUGGACGGUUUCCAUGACAUCGCCAUCGCCGCGCCCUACGGGGGGCCGGGUCACAGGGGGCUGGUGUACGUGUAUAACGGCCGGGCCUCGGGUCCGGAGGGGGGGCCCUCCCAGGUGCUGGAGGGGAAGUGGGCCUCCUCCUCCAUGCCCCCCAGCUUUGGGUACGCCAUGCACGGGGCUACCGACAUCGACCUGAACGGGUACCCAGACCUGAUUGUUGGUGCUUUCGGAGCUGACAAAGCAGUGCUGUACAGGGCUCGUCCGGUCGUCAGUGUAAACACCACGCUGGACAUCAGUCCCCAGGUCCUGAACCCCGAGGACAAGUCCUGCCCCCUGUUCGGCACGUCUAACACCGUGUCCUGCUUUAGAGUGAAAUACUGCUUACAGGCCCGUGGAAAAGGAGCUCCGUCUAUACUGCACUUCCAGGUGCAGCUGGUGCUGGACAGACUCAAACACAAGGGGGCGAUAAAGAGGGCGCUGUUCCUGCACAGCAGAGUCUCCCAGUACUCCAAGAACAUGACUGUCCUCAAUAACAGAGGGCCAGCCUGCGAGGAGCUGGAGGCCUAUUUAAUAAAUGACUCCGAGUUCAGGGAUAAGAUCACGCCCAUCACAGUCUUCAUGGGGUACAGCCUGGACUUGAAGACCGCUGCCGACAGAACCGGGCUGCUCCCCAUCCUGGACCAGUCCACCCCGUCCAACGUGUCCAGACAGGCCCACAUCCUGUUGGAUUGUGGGAAGGACAAUAUCUGUAAGCCUGACCUGAAGCUGGCAGUAAUCAGUGACCAGACACAGAUCUACAUCGGUGACGACAACCCGUUGACGCUGGAGGUGGCGGCGGAGAACAGCGGGGAGGGCGCGUACGAGGCGGAGCUGUACGUCUUCAUGCCCCCCCAGGCCGAAUUCAUCGGGGUCGUGCGCAACAGCGAGACUCUGUCGAGACUGUCCUGCGCAUACAAGAGAGAGAACCAGACUAGACAGGUGGUCUGUGACCUGGGGAACCCAAUGAAAGAAGGAACUAAACUGUUGGCAGGACUGCGUUUUAGUGUACACCAGCUCUCUGAACAGGACACCUCCAUCACCUUCCACCUGCAGAUCCGAAGUUCCAACCAGUUUAACAAUACCAGCAGCCUGGUGUCCGUUCUCACACAGCUUGCAGUAUUAGCCAAAGUUGAAAUUCGAGGGGUUUCAGCUCCUGAUCAGGUUUUCCUUCCCAUUGCUAACUGGCACCCCAAAGAGGACCCAGUGCUGGAGGACGACAUCGGACCCCUCGUCCAGCACGUCUAUGAGCUCCGGAACAACGGCCCGAGUACGUUCAGCAAGGCCAUCCUGGACAUCGCCUGGCCCUACGGGAUCCGAAACGGCUCCCUCCUCUACAUCACGAAGUACCAGGUGGACGGGCCCAUGAAGUGCAGCACGGACAUGGUCAUCAACCCCCUCAACGUCCUGAACCCGCGAGUGGGGGUGAGGAACUCCACGGCGCCCAGGGGGGGCCGGGCCGACGGGAGGAAGCCCAAUCGCCUGCACCGGCGGGAGCUGGAGCAGAAACCGCUGGGAGGAGACCUGGAGACGCUGGACUGUGCCAGGGCGAAGUGUCUGAAGAUCAAGUGUCAGGUGGGGCGCCUGGAGAGGGGCAGGAGCGCCAUCCUCUUCAUCCGCGCGCGGCUGGGCGUCGCCACUUUCCUCACGGCUGAGAGUAAGAACCACUCCUUCAACGUGAGGUCAACGGCGACCUUCAGCGUGAUAGAAAUGCCCUAUACGAAGCUGGUGUCAGAGCUCCCGUCAAACUCCACCCAGGUGAACACGGCCGUCAUCUGGGUGACGACGGACUCCGCACUGCCAGUUCCCGGAUGGGUCACCGCCCUGGCCGUGCUGGCGGGCCUCCUGCUGCUGGCACUGCUCAUCUUCAUCAUGUACAAGAUGGGUUUUUUCAACAGGGUGCGCCCCCCCCAGGAAGACUGCAUAGAGAAGGUGCAGCUGCAGCCCCACGAGAACGGCGACGGGGUCGUCGAGGCCUGAGGGGGGGGGGGUCUGUGUGCCCCAACUCCCAGUCAAAGUUGUACAGAUUUCACUUCAUUUGGUCAGAAUCCCACUGGCUGGAUUAGUAUUGCCGGACAAAGUUGGUAAUGUAUUUUUUUAAUCUUCGCACAUCAGUGAUUUCCGUGCCCGCUCCGCACGGAAACAGCCUUUAUUACACCCCAAAAUGACUGAGGGGGGGCAUGUCUGUUUGGCUGUUCCCGCAUGUAUUCAUCACACAUUACUGCCUAUCAAGAAGAAAACACAACACAACACACGUGUAACGUUGUACAACUUUUUUAUAUUCUAUUUCUAAGACGAACAAUGUAUGGAAAAAAUAUAUGAAACAUAUGAAGUACACAAAGCCGAAAAUGGGAGAGCAUUAUAAAAAUGUGCUGCCCAAAAUAGUUGUAAUUUGCAUCAAAUAAUGACACGUUGAUCCGGACGGCAAUAGAUUAUCAGAGGACCUUGGAGGUUUUUCAGCUGGAACUGUUGUUUGCGUGCCUGGUAAAAAUCAUUGAUAUUGUCGUUCCGCACGUGAAUAAAAUGACUGAAUUACGCUGGUAGAAAUCAGACAUCACCUGACCACCACUAGUGAAACUAACCCCAUCCAGACUGGGCUUUAGGUGCGGUACUGGGAUCCUGCAUUGGUGCUAGGCCAAGCUCCAAAGGCACAUUAUAAUUACACGGGUAUUUAACGUUUAAUUAAGGGCAGAAUAUGUAACUUUGCUAUUUCUUUGUACUCCCACAAAUACAUCACCAGCAAAUAGCACGUUUCUUUCACAAGAAGUACGCUUCUGAUAAUUUUGUGGAAAAUCAAGACGGUUUAUUAAUCUAAGGAAGAGAGACUGAGACUGUCAAGCUUCAAGCCUUUUAUUAUAUCUGCAGAUUGCAGACAGUUGAAGAGCUCUUGCAGGAGCUCGGGAAGCGAAUCUCGAAUAAGCUUCUGUCUGUGUUUGAUUUGUACACUUUCUAAGGGGCAAACACUCCUUUGUUCCUUCACACUAGUACUUUUCCACUCACGCGUUGUUUGCCUAGGCUGUGUGGUCAUGCAGACUCUAGCCUGCUGGUAUGAAAUUUGGCCUUGGUGAUAAGAGGAGCGGGAUGUACUGCUGCCUCUCUCUAAAGGGAGCUGGCAGGGGCUUAACAAACAGAAGAGUGGUUGCAACAGAUUAUACAUUGAAAAUACAAGCAGAUAGACGCACACACAGAGGCACAGCUCAGAACAGACACAGUACGUAAUGCGCGUGCCUUAUUAUUUCUAAAACUUUGUUUUUUCAUUAUUCACAACAUUAAAUCGCAAUUUUCUAUCACAGUUAUCAUAGAGCAGAGUCAGGUUAAACCCAAUCAAACCUUUCAGAGCUCAGAGUAGGAGUCCACCAGAGCUCCCCAGUGCUCUCCCAGGAGCGGGAAACUGCUGUUGACACCGGGGAUUUCCAGGAUUUAGACACAGUUGGCCAUUCAAAAUCUGUGCUGUUAAUAUUAUUGCAACUUUUACUCAUUCAGACAACAAUGAAUAUAUUUCAGUUCUGGCAGGCAGAAUUAUCCCACUCCCAGGUCACCCUAUGUUGUUUUCACAAUUGAAAGUCCUCCUCUGGGCCUACAUCCAUUUGCAUUAAGAGAAAAAAUAAAAUUAGGAAAAUAAAACUGAACUAUUUUAAACUGUGGCAGUCUCAGAAAGUUUGCCAGUAAGUAUAACAUUCCGUGUGAAUGAUGAGGAAUGCGGGCCGUUUACGGUCAGCGCUUCCCUAGCGAAGGAAUAUGAUCGGCACUACCAGAGAAGAACAGCUCACCACAAAAUGGCGCAUCUGUCGUACAGGCGCAGUAGCUGCACGCGGUUUCUGUUAAAUUUGAUUUUGAGAAGUAUGAUUUCCCAGCCGUGUGUGGGUUAAACUGGCUAAAGUCGUCACGGGACCUUUUUUUUUUUUCCAAGUGCCUCAAGUUUGACAAAGAUCUGUUGGCUAGAUUUCCAAGCUGGAAAUAAAAUGCACUUGACCGGUUAUGAAGUUUUGUUGCGCACACGCUAAAUACGUUUUGCUGAAAGGUACAUGAAGUAGGUGGAACUUAGCAGGUUGUUGUGUGGUGUUAGGGGCCAGGUCCAUUUGGCUAAAUCCUGAUUGUAGGCACUGUAGAUUUUAUUUAAUUUACAUUAAUUUGGCAUUCACUCACCCAUUGACUCCCAUUCUUUUUUCUUUUUCUUUUUCUUUUUAUCAGAAUUUGAACUUUUCACACACGCCAGGCAGAAUUGCUUUGGAAUGCAGCUUGUUUAGUUUGGUGAAAUAAAUUGGUGAAGUGAAUUUUUUUAGGAAUUCUAUAUUUUUUUUUACAGAUGUAUAGGAUGUAUUGUGUGUGUAACUUUUUAUGUCGAAAAUAUAUUUCUUGAGAUGACUUGUAUUGCAUAUUUUUCAUUAGCCUUUAGCGGUAGCUGGUAUUAAAUUAAAAGCAGCUGCUUUGGGAUUUCUUAAUCUGAUUUGCCAUUCAGUUUCAAUUCUAAAUGCUGGGUUUGUAUAUAUGUUGCUGGAAUAUUUGAGCUGUAGAAUAUAUGCUGUUACCCAUAUUGGGUUAUCCUGUUUUAAAUCGGCUGUUUUUUUUGUUUUUAAAAAAAAAUAUUGAUAGUAUACUGCUCUUAACAUUACAUGGAAAAGAGUUGUCCAGAUUAAUAUCAACAAUUUUUCAUAAUCAAAGUUCAGUAGUUUUCUGUUGGUUGUCUGUAGUUUUAUUUUUGUUCUAACAUUCGAAAAAACAUAUUUCUUCCAUAAGAUUUGAAGUCUCACAUACCGUUAAGAAAGCACUUUACCUUAAAAAUGUGAAUCUGACAGAGGUGUAAUUUAGUCGGAACUAAGUUACAAAAAAAAAUUUUUUUGAACACAUCAUGGCACAACAGAAUAUUUUUCGAAAUAUUCUCGCAGACCGAGCAUAAAAUGUCACCACAGAAAUCUGACUGAAAAGCAGUAAUGUUGAAUAAAUUAGUUUAUUUACAAAUGGCUUGUUUUUCUUUCAAGAUCAUUUUACGUUUGUUGUGUUUAUAUGUUUGUUACUGAAAUAAAGGAGUAUUUCAAUUA